CUAUGUUCCUUUGGAGGCUUCAGUCUCCAAUUGAAAGGCUUCCUCUUGGGAUGGUGUGUCUGUGUUACUUUGAAGAAGUUGGCAGCAACUCAAACAAAGCUACAGACACUACGCCAAGUUCUUGCCACAUUGAUUUCACCCCGGGUUUCUGCUCUUUUCAGUGGCUCACCUCCAGCGAGCAGCAACGCCACCAUGUCUUCCACCCCAGAACCAACUACCACGUCCUCUGAGACCUCUGAAGAAAGCCUUGAAGAAGGGAAUGUCUUAAAGAGAGUCACCAGCCUUCCUUUGGUGACCUCAGUCUGCAACCUGGUCUCUGCAAACUACUCCUCCAUGAAAAGGAAAAACUCCUGCCUUCAGUCGGUGUGUAACGGAGCAGAGAAAAGCGUCAUGUCCCUCACCGGAGUGGCAGUCAGUCGGGUGCAGCCGAUUCUGACCACGUUUGAACCUCAGAUUGCUGCAGCAAACAAGUACGCCUGUAAGAGUCUAGAUGCAGUGGAGGAAAAACUGCCUAUCCUACAACAAACAGCUGAUCAGGUUGUCUCCGAUACCAAGAAGCUGGUGUCUUCUACAGUCGUAGAUGUCAAGAACUCCAUGACCUACAAACUAUUGGGGAUGGUGGACAGGACCAGGGGUGUCGUGCAGGGUGGUGUGAAAACAACCGCAUCCUUGGUGACCAGUAGUAUGAGCCUGGUGACUGGAACCAAAGUGGGCCAGAUGGCCAAGGACAGUGUGGACGCCGUGCUGGAGAGAUCUCAUGCCUUUGUGGAUCAUUAUCUCCUUGUCACAGAUGACGACAUGGGUAUUUCAGAUCAGGAUAUAGGUGAACUGCAAGCAUCGUGUGAUGGUGGAGAGAUAGUUCCUUUGCAGCAGGUGCAGGCCCCGGUAACACAGGAAGGCUACCUGGCGUGCUUGAUCUCCUUGCUGAAAAAAUUCCAGUGCUACAUUUCCCACCAGUCUCAGCGCCACGUGAGACACGCCAGCCAGAGCCUCCAGAGAGUCCUAGAAAACCAAUACCUGGAAUGGAAGGCUUGGCUGGUGGCCCUCUACUACACCAUCACGCUGCCUCUGAGGACCCUUUAUUUGAUCCUACUGUUUACCAUGGAAGAACUGUCCUCCAAGAUCCAGGAGAACAUGCCCCAAACCUCUUACGUCCUUGAAGACCUCCAGCUGGCCCUCACCACUCUCGAAUGUUUCCAGGACCUCUGCCAAAGAAUUUUUGCCCGAGUCUGGAGGGAAAUAUUGGAAGAGGAAAACCUGAGUGUUCCCCUGGACUACCUCAGGAACAUGAUACCUUGCUGUUUCCUUGCCAACCGCUGCAAAUGCAGGACCUAAAAGUGGACUUCACGAUGCCGGGGGGGGGGGAUGUUGCGGGCCACGCAAACGGUGGACGUGUCCGCAGAAGAUUUCAUUGGGCUGAAGAGAUCUGGAAGGCACUUCACGAUGGGGACUUCCACGGGACUUGUUGGCCUGUAGAAGAAAACAAUAGUGUGAUGUGAAAAGGGUGGGGUAUUUUAAAAGCUUGGUUCUUAAAUUAGAUACAAAGGCGACAGCGAUCUUGCUGUAAGCUGGUGAAUCAAGAA